CUCUAGUCUCCAGAACAGCUCAGGGAAAAAAAAAGGAAUCCUCUCUGCGAGCAGAAGCAAAGCAUCCGAACUUCCGAGGCGAGGCAGAUUUGGUUCGCGGGGCGGCGUCGGAGGAGGCAUCGCCGGCGGCGAGCUCGGCCGGGUCUACCGCGCGCGGGACCGAUACGUCGUCCUCCGCCGGCGCGAGCAAUGGCGGCGGCGCCGCGGGGCCAGGAGGCAGCGGCGUGGUCGGAGGAGGCGGCGCGGCUGGUCUGGGGCGGCGCCGUGCCGCUCCAGGUCCACCUCCACGACGCCGACGUCACCGCGCUCCCACCGCCCCCGCCCUUCCUGACUUUAGGGCCAAGAAUUGGGUAUUUUCCAUUGUUGGUGUCGACUAUAAAGGCUCAUUUCAGCAGCUCACUCCCACCGGGUGUUGAUACUGUUUGGUUUGAGUAUAAAGGGCUGCCACUGAAAUGGUAUAUACCCAUUGGUGUUCUUUUCGACCUUCUCUGUGCAGAUCCAGAAAGGCCAUGGAAUCUAACGGUUCAUUUUAGGGGGUAUCCUGCAGAUAUAUUAUCGCCAUGUGAAGGUGAAGAUAGUGUAAAGUGGAACUACAACAAUUCCCUGAAAGAGGCUGCCUUCAUCAUAACUGGAAACAGCAAGAAUGUGAUGAAUAUGUCCCAGGCUGAUCAACUUGCUAUGUGGGAAUCAGUGAGGAAAGGUGACUUGGAUAGUUAUAUGAAUAUCUCUACCAAGCUUAAGCUUGGACCGUUUGAAGAGGAUUUCUUAGUACGGACUUCCUCGUUAGAGCCUCGACAAGGUUCUGAUGAGCCUGAAUCUCCUGGAUCUGUCAAACCAUGCAGGGUACCUGUUCGAUUAUACGUGCGCAGAGUUCAACAAGACCUUGAGGAUUUAGAAGAUGCGAAGCCCGUCAGUGACUGGGAAAGUGUAUCCUAUAUAAAUCGGCCAUUCGAGAUCCGGAAGGAGGGAGGUAGAAGCUACAUUGCCUUGGAACAUGCCUUGGAGACAUUGCUACCAGAGUUCUUCAGCUCGAAGCUUACGGCUAGAGCUGCUGAUCCUGAACCUGGGGCGACGACACCAGACUCAGAACCCGACGAUUCAGGUACCAGUCCAGGCACUCCUCAUGACGAGAAACCAGCUUCGGCGAGUCUGCAAGAGACAGAUGUGGCCAAGAAGACCAAACUGAAGCUGGUGAGGGUGCAAGGCAUCGAGCUCGACAUGGACAUACCAUUCCUUUGGGUGGCCAACAACCUGAAGAACCCCGAAUGCUACCUCCAUGUUUGUGUAUAUGUUGGGGCAUGAAUACAAUGUAACAGUGACACAAGAACAGUGUCGAAAGGUUAGAUACCAUAGGAGGAGUGAGACCAGGAAUGGCCUGCUGGUCUUGUUCUUUGGUUGUACAUAUACAGAUGGUAACAUCCUUAUCGUUUAGGUGUGUCGAUGUAAGAUCUGCAGUGUUGCUGGGUUUGAAUACCAUGAUGAAUGGAAUGAUUCCUGUUUCACAAUUAUUGAUGUACUGUUCUGGUAUGGAUAUGGAAUUGUUGGGAAGGAAGAGCAUUCGAUGCA